AUGGCUUCUGGCACAGAGAGUGACGAAACAGCCGAUACUCCACCCUUGACAAAUACCAUAUACAAGGACCCAGAUGACGGCCGACAACGCUUCUUGCUUGAAUUGGAAUUCGUCCAAUGUCUUGCAAAUCCCACCUACAUUCACUAUUUGGCUCAAAAUCGUUAUUUUGAAGAUGAGGCUUUCAUUGGGUACUUGAAAUAUCUUCAAUAUUGGCAGCGUCCUGAGUAUACGAAAUUUAUAAUGUAUCCUCAUUGCCUAUUUUUUCUUGAGCAACUUCAAAAUGCCAACUUUCGCAACGCAAUGGCCCAUCCUGUUAACAAGGAAUUGGCACAUAGGCAGCAAUUCUACUUUUGGAAGAACUAUAGGAACAACCGUUUGAAACAUAUAUUACCGAGACCCCUUCCUGAACCUGUUGCUGCACCUCCUACUCCUGCUCCACCUCAGCAACCUGUGCCUCCUGUGCCAGCUACAACUGUUUCGGUGACAGCAAAUGCUCCAGCCCCUUCUCCUAUGCAGUAUGCUGUUCCCCCUGGGUCUUCUCUUGCAAAAAACGAAGCAAGGAAUAGUGGGGUUGAUCGAAGAAAGAGGAAGAAAGAAGGUUAA